CUCUGUGGUUUGACCGAUAAACGUCAAUCGUUAAGUGUCAAAGUCAAACAAAUUUAGACAAUUUCUGCAGCUUCCUAUAAUACAUACAUGAUAGAGGUUGAUAGUUUAAUUACAUUAAAUUUUGGAGACUAAAUACAAUAGUUUCAUAGAAAUACAAAUAAUGCUGCCGUCGACUGGUUACUUUAAAGGUAUUAAUUGUCCAUUCUACGACAGUGGUCUAUGUGAAAGACCUUACUGUCAUUUUCGCCAUGCUAAGAGAGAAACACAAAAUACAGUUAAUGAAGGAAUAGAAAGUGGAGCAAUUUUACAAAAGCUGGUUUCAGCAGCAGUUCAGAAAGUGCUCCAACAGACGGACCCAACUACUAGUACUGUGCAAUGUAUGACAAGCAAUAGUGAUGAUGGCGAUAUUAAAAUAACAAAUGCUCAAUCAUCUACUAAAGUAACAUAUAAUCCAACACCCAUAGUAGAAUUAAACAAAAUAGCUACUGCGGACACCGAAAAUAUCGAGGAUAUAAGUGAACAGAGAAAGAGACAUAUACCAGUACCUUAUACCCCAAGGAAGCCUGUAACUUUGUCUAUUCAAAGACCUGCUGAUUCUAAUAAUUCUUCUAAACCUUUCAUUUAUUUACCACCGCCAGUAACAUACUCCCCUGGAAGCAAUGAUUCUCCAAAAUUGGAUCCUUAUACUCCUGAAGGGUCAAAAACAACAGAAUCAAAAGAUAAAUAUUUGCCUGGUACUGAAGUAGAAUUGCAGGAAUAUACACCUAAGGAGACAACACCACCAUCUUCAAAUAAACACAGUUAUGUUCCUUCAGAUAAAAGUGUUAGUAAAAAGAAAAUAUUGGAGUAUAAACCAACUAAAGUCAACACAAAAAUUGCCACACCUUCCGUUACAUAUCGACCUACCCCUCGAUCACAAGUUCCUUAUUUUUCAAGUGAUGAAGAUGAGCCUAACGAGAAGAAAAGAAAGUUAUCUAGUGACCUCAAUGGUUUAGACGACCUAGGCCCAGAGUUUGAUAUUUUAGAUCAAAUAUUAGAUGAAGAAAAAAUAGAUAAUCAUAAAAAAGAAGAAAAUAAAAUACAUGCUAAUAACACAGAGAAAAAUAAAGAUAAUAAUAAAAGCAAGGAAAAUAAGACCAUUACUAAACAUUGUAUGAAAGACAAUAGUAAAAAAAGUGAAAAGCAAUCACAUAGUAAAGAAAAAGUAGACUAUAAAAAUAAAUCCGGGUCAUAUGAUAAAACAAAAAGUGAAUAUAUAAAAUCAGAAAAGUCUAACAAGAAAGAUUUGGCCAAUGAUAAAAGUAAAAAUCACAAAAGUAAAGAGGAAAAGAAAGAAAAACAUUACAGUGAAAAGAAAAAACACUCCAACUCCAGUAAAAGUUCUGAUGACAAUUCUAAAACAAGAACAUCAAAAAGUUCAGAAAGACAUUCAAAGCACUCCAAUAGUUCUAAAAAUGAUUCUAAAAGAAAUGAAUCCAAUCAUGAUAGAUCACAUAGAAAAUCUAAAGAUUCUAAAGAAAAUAGUAAGAAAAGAAAAAAUAAGUCACCAUCAGUGGAUUUAUCAGAAGAUGAUAAACAGACUAGCGAAAAUGUUGAAUUAAGUAAUGAUGAUAUUUAUGAUGAUUCAGAUGAAGAGACAAUAGCAAUGGAAUGUAAAAAAAUAUUUGAAGAAUAUGUUCCUAUGGAAAAACCGAAAGUGUAUGAAGAAAUGGACAAUAAAGUAGAUGAUACUGAUAAAGAAUAUGUAUCAAGUAAGAAGAGAAUAUCAAGAACAGUAGAUAAAAAUAUUAAAGUAAUACCAAAAACUCCUAUGAAACCUGACUUUAAAUUGAGUGCUGUCCAAACAAUGGCUAAAAGAUUACAGAAAGUAAGAGAAUAUCAUGCUUCUAAAACACAGAGUCACACUACAGAAAAUAUUGUGAAUAAAACAGAGGUUGCAAAAACUACAUUUAGUACUGCUAAUACUGGCAGUUCAAAAAUUCGUAUUGCACAUGUGCCCUAUGCUUCCACAUUGUUAAAUGCCAAAAAAACUAUUUCACCUACUUCAAAAACAGUAAAAGAUGAGGCUUCUACUAGUUCCACUGUGAUACAAACUGUUAAGAAGGGAGCACAGCGUGUUGCACACAUACCUAAUGAAAAAUUCAUUGAUAGACCUGGUGUUUUAGAACCCCUUGCAUCUAAGAUUCCUGCAAAUAUACGCUCUACAUAUUUGAAUAUGAUGAUAGAUGAGUGUCUCAAAUUAUAUUUAUCUGCAACAGAUGCUUAUGCCAGAGCACAACAUGAAGAGUUGAUUACUAGUAAGAAAUGUUCUACAGUGCAAAUCUAUAAAAACUCUGCAGUAUUGACUGUAAGUAGACUAAGAAAAGAGUUCCAAGAAUGUAAUGGUGUAAAAAAAUCAGGAUCUAAUUGCUCUACAAUACAGAAAAUUCCACAAAGUACAUCAGCCAAAACAAAUCACAUGGGAUCUUGGAGUAUAGAAAAUAAAAACAAGGGAAGUUUUGACAAGUCACAUGAGUUCAAUGGAGCAAAGUUGUAUAAUAAUAUUAAAAAGUGGCUUCUAACCGAAGAACAAUUAAAAGAGAAUGGUUUUCCUAGACCUCAUCCUACUGGAGAAAAGGGUAGAGCUAUUAUUUUUGGUCAGAAUAAACAGAAGCCACCAAAUGGCUAUAUAAGAACUUGUUGUAGGUGUAAGAAAAAUUAUACAGUUACUAAAAAAGGAUUUGCUGCAGUAAAAGAAGAAUGCAUAUAUCAUCCAAAUAAUAAAUAUAGAGUACAUGGUGAAGCUCGAUAUCAGUGCUGUAGCCAAGAUGGAACUUCUGAUGGCUGUUGUGUUGCACCCAGCCAUGUAUAUGAGUAUGUGGAUUAUGAGAACCUCAAAGGUUAUGUUAGGACAAUGCCACCUGAAACAUUUAUGGAUGAUUAUGGUGUAUAUUCUUUAGACUGUGAAAUGUGUUAUACAACCCAUGGUUUAGAUUUAACUAGAGUUACAGUUAUCAAUUCUGCUUGCAAGGUAGUAUAUGAAACUUUAAUUAGACCUUUACAUCCAAUUGUAGACUAUAAUACUAGGUACUCGGGUAUUACAGAAGAACAAAUGUUAGAAGUGAAAACUACAUUGUUGGAAGUUCAAGCAACGUUACUUACUAUGUUCAAUAGUCAAACUAUUUUAGUAGGCCACAGCUUAGAAUCUGAUUUCAAAGCUCUUAAACUUAUCCAUGACACUGUUAUUGAUACCAGUGUAUUGUUUCCUCAUAAAAUGGGACCUCCAUAUAAAAGGGCGUUAAGAAAUUUAUCAUCUGAAUAUUUAAAGAAGAUAAUUCAAAAUUCAGUAGACGGACAUGACAGUGCUGAAGAUGCUACAGUUUGUAUGGAACUUAUACAUUUCAAAUUAAAAGAAGAUUUAAAAACUCGGUGAUAGAUAAUGUAUUAGUUAAGUGAGAUAAAUUCUCCAAUAUUUAAGAUUAAUUUACGUUAUUAAGAUUAAUUGAAACCGGACUUAAUGACGACAGUAAAUUUUAUUUAUCAUUAUUCAAUUAAGAUUCAUUCAUUAUUGAUUAUAGACGGGGCAAUUAACCCAUAUGUACAUUAACAUACCUAUAAUUUCUAAUUUGUUUAGAAAUGUUAUUAUUAGCAACUUUGCAUGAUAAAAUUAACGACCAAAAGACUUCAAUAAGUAUAUGAAGUUGACUGUACCUACGACUGAAUAGUUUCGAUGGGUAGUUAAUAAUUUUGAAAUAAGUACAGUUAACAAAUUUUUGUACGGUCAAAAAAUGACCAUUUUGAUAUUUAUUCCGUAACUUUGAAAUGCGGAUAGUAGCGCAUGUGUACCUAUAUUUUUUGUUGAAUCAGUACAUAAGUACUUACUUUUCAUUAUAUGUAUGUUCUAUAAUAUAUUACA